AUGCCUAGACUACGCAAGCAAUCAGUACAACAGCGCCAACGAUUAAUUGCGAUGCGAGUCAGCAACUACCGCGAAGAAAACCCCUCGGACAUCCUUAGGAACGCACGUUCUUUAUCAACCAGAAGACGGAAUGCAGAAUAUCGCGAAGAAGAGCGUGAACGGGAUCGCAUCCAGCACCAAACAAGGAGGAGAUCUUCAUACAAUCGAAGAAUAGAGCAGCUACGUAAUACAGCACAGCAUUUUACUCGUCGACAGGAUGAUGCAUUAAGAUUAGCCGAACAGGAGAGAAAUACGAUUGAGCACUCGCUUCGUCGUCAAGAUGAUGCGUACAGAAUAGCCGAACAAGAACGAAACACGCAGCAGCACACGGUUCGUCGUCAGGAUGUUACGUACCGCUUGGCGGAACAGGAGCGAGAUACGCGUCUUCACUCGAUUCGUCGUCAAGAUGAUGUAUACAGAUUGGCCGAACAACAGCGAAACACGCAGCAGCACACGGUUCGUCGUCAGGAUGUUACGUACCGCUUGGCGGAAGGAGCGAGAUACGCGUCUUCACUCGCUUCGUCGUCAAGAUGA